AUGUUACUCAUUGGACAGUGGCCCUAUCAAUCUAAAAAUUUAGCAAAAUUUCUUACGUACAUUUGGAUUUUUCAGUAUGUUAGCAUUUUAAUACCCCAAUUUAUUAAAUUAAUUGAAGUUAUAGAUAACAUUGACCAUACAAUUGAAUGUUUUGGGCCAAUUAUAUAUAAUUUAGGAGUUGGAAUAAAAUUUUGUAAUAACAUCUUCAAUAGAAAACAGAAAGCUUUAUUUGAUGAAAUUCAAAAGGACUGGAAUAACAUAACCGACGAAACAGAAAUAAUAUUACUUUCAAAGUACGCUUCCUUUGCAAAAUUUUUAAAUUUUGGAUACAAUUAUAUGUGUUAUAGUACUAUGUGCUGUUACUUAUUCCUGCCUUUAUCAUCAUUUAUAAUGGACAUAAUAAAACCAUUAACUGAUACAAGGCCGAAAAAUCUAGUUAUAUUUGUUGAAUUUUUUGUCGAUGAAGAAAAAUAUUAUUUUUAUAUAAUGAUACACUCUUAUAUAACAACGAUAUUUGGUGUUCUAGCAGUGGUUAGUACCGAUAUGUUUUACACUAGCUGUGUUCAACAUGCCUGUGGUAUGUUAUCUAUUCUCGGGCGUCGGCUUAAAAUGAUUAACAAGGACACCAAUAUUAUUAGAAAAUUUGAGAAUGAUUUUUAUAAAGAAUUAGAGGAUGCUGUUACUCAACACAACAAGAUAAUAAAAUAUUGCGAGCGUAUAAACAAAACAUACGGUGAUUCCUUUUUUUUUAUUUUGGGCUUAAACAUGUUUGCCAUGAGUUUUACUGGAGCUUUAAUAAUUCGAAAAUGGGGACUGUAUUAUGAUAUAAUAAGAAAUGGAAUGUUCGUCGGGAGUCAACUAUUUCAUCUCCUCUAUUAUAGUAUUCAAGGCCAACAUCUAAUAGAUCAAAGUUUAAUGAUAAGUGAUUGCAUAUAUGAAUCUGGAUGGUGUACAAUAUCACUAAGAAUGAAAAAAAUUAUGACAAUAAUGAUAAUGCGCAGUUUAAAACCAAUAACAGUUAGUGCCAAAGUCUUCAUUAUUUCGUUAAGUAAUUUCACUAUGGUAACUAAGGCUUCUGUAUCUUACUUCACAGUGCUAAAAUCUUCUAGUUAA